AUGGAGGAUUAUUCAUCAAGUAAAAAUUUACUAUUAAUUGUUGGAUAAAUAUUAGCUGAAUCAGAUAAUUUUGAGAAAUUUAAAAAACUAAUAGAAAAAAAAGUGUCUAAUAUAAAAAUAAAAUUAAUAUAUAAGACAAAAGAGUAAGAGGGUGAGAUUUCUGCUCUUAAAUUUAUAAGCGAAGGUAAUUAAGUCAGAGUUUUGAAAAUCUAAAUAGAAUAAUUAGAUAGUAAUUCAAAUAACUUUCAUGUUUAUUAAAAAGAAAGGAAGCCCAAUAAAACAAGGUAUAGUCAAUUACUUAGUUUGUCUGAUCCAGAUUAAUUAAAUGAAAUUACAAUAAAUUUAAAAGAGAUAAUUUAAUUUUUAGAAUUUGAAACUUCAAUGCAUAGACAUUAAAAAAUAUUUUGGGCAUGGUUGGUAAAUAUUGAUAGUAUUUAGGAAAGUACAUUUGAUGAAGAUAAAAAGGAUGUUAGAGAUCAUGCAGAUUAUGGAUUUCCAGAUGAAACAAUCAUUUUUAGUCUAGGAUAAUAGAUGAUUAAAUUAAUUGAACAGUAAAUAUUAUUGAAUUAAUAUUAGUACUUAUAUGAAAUUACAAUAAUUAAGUGAUUAAUUUCAAUAUUUUGAAUCAAUAAGAUGCUUAGGAGAAAGUAUCAUAAUUGUUUAAAGAGGAUCCAAAUUCUGAAUAGAAACUAUAAUAAUUGCAAUUACAAAUCAUAAAAUAGUAGCUUAAAAUAAUAUCAAAUUAAUGUCUUUUUGAAAACAUUUAAAUAAUAAGUGUUAUCUGAAAAAGAUCUAAUAUAUUGUUAGGCUAAUGAUUUUAUUAAAUAUGCCAUAAAACACAAUUUUGCUUAAUUUUCAAAUCAUAAUGAAAGUAAUGAAUUUGAUUAGAAAAUAAUUUACUAGUAAGAACACUUUGUUACUAGAAUUGAAUAAUUAAAUUAAUAUUUAGAAGUAGAAAUUUGUAGAAUUAAGGUUCAUCUCAUAGAACUAGUGUUUUAUCCAUUAAAAUGA